CGCCUCCCCCCCGCGUCUCCCGGGCGGGCCGGGCCGGGCCGGCAGGAUGACGGUCAAGCUGGGCUUCGAGGAGUGCCUGAAGGACUCGCCGCGCUUCAGGGCUGCCAUUGAGACAGUGGAAACUGAAGUAUCAGUGUUGGAGACCCAGCUGGAAAAGUUGCUGAAGCUGUGCAGCACCAUGCUGGAAUCCGGGCGCCAGUACUGCAGCCAGAGCAAGACCUUCGCGUCCGGGAUUCAGGAGCUCUCCCAGCACUCCUUGGGGGACACGUUGAUGAGCGAAUGCCUGGAAAAAUUUUCCAAGGGCUUGAACAAAAUGAUGGAGCAGCAUGAGGAGCUCCUGGAGACCACACAGCAGUCUCUUCGGCAGCAGCUGCAGACUCUGGUGAAGGAGGACAUCAAGCACUUCAAAGAGGCCCGGAAGGAGUUUGAGCGGGGCAGCGAGAGCUUAGCCAGCGCCUUGCACCACAACGCCGAGGUGCCCCGUCGGCGCCACCAUGAGGCCGAGGACGCUGUGGUUGCCCUCAAAGCCGCUCGGACCACCUUCCGCAACCGGGCCCUCGACUACGUGCUGCAGAUCAACGUGGUUCAGUCCAAGAAGAAAUUUGAGAUCCUGAAGUUUAUCUUGUCCUUCAUGGAGGCCCAAUCCGUCUUCCUCGAGCAGGGCUUCCAUGCGUCCAAACAGCUGGAACAGUAUCGCAGAGACCUGGCAGCUCAGCUGCAUGAGUUGGUCCUGGAGUCGGCCCGAGAGAAGAGGGACAUGGAGCAGAGGCACACCCUAAUAAAACAGAAGGAUCUGACCCAGGAUGACGAUGUUCCAGAAAUCCGGGCGCAGCCAGGCGAGGUGGUGAUGGAAGGCUACCUGUACAAACGGGCCAGCAAUGCGUUCAAGACCUGGAGCAGGCGCUGGUUUUCCAUCCAGAGCAACCAGCUGGUGUAUCAAAAGAAGGCCAAGGAUGCCGUGACGGUGGUCGUCGAGGACCUCCGGCUCUGUACCGUCAAGCCUUCCCCGGAUCACGAGCGUCGCUUCUGUUUUGAGGUGGUGUCCCCCUCCAAAAGCUGCCUACUCCAAGCCGACUCGGAGCGGCACCUGCAGGCCUGGGUGUGCGCCGUGCAGAGCAGCAUUGCGUCCGCUUACAGUGAGGGGCGUCCAGAACCCCUGGGGCAGCCCCUGGAACGCAGCAGUUCUCUCACUGCAGCCACCCUGCAAUCCCCAUCCAGCCGGAAACUGCGGGGUGGUGUGGACAAGCAGGUGGUGGAUCAGGUGCAGCGGCUGGAGGGCAACGCCCAGUGUUGUGACUGCCGUGAGCCGGCACCCGAAUGGGCCAGCAUCAACUUAGGCAUCACACUUUGCAUCGAGUGCUCCGGCAUCCACAGGAGCCUCGGGGUCCAUUUUUCCAAGGUGCGAUCCCUCACGCUUGAUGCCUGGGAACCUGAGCUGGUGAAGCUGAUGUCCGUGUUGGGGAACCGUGUCAUCAACCAGAUCUAUGAGGCCCGGGUUGAGGAAAUGAACAUGAAGCGCCCCCAACCAGGAAGUUCACGAUCUGAAAAGGAGGCCUGGAUCCGGGCCAAGUACGUGGGAAGGAAAUUUAUUACCAAGUUCCCCCAUGCUGGGGUGCAGCUGAGUCACAGCAGAGAGGCCCUGGGGCCGGAGAGGCCCCCCCGGCCGUUUCCCAAGCCCAAGCCACCAGGCCAAAUCCGCCGGGGCGCAGGAGUCUGCGAGGGAGUCUCUUCAAGUCCUGCUGCUCCAUCUUCAGAGGACCUCCAUAAUUUGCACCCAGGAGCCCUGCUCUACCGGGCAGCCACCGCGCCCCCGAGUUUGCCCACCAUGGCGGAUGCUCUGGCUCAUGGAGCGGACAUCAACUGGGUGAACGCGGCCCAGGAAAGCCGAACCCCGUUGCUCCAGGCCGUUGCUGCUAAUUCACUGCUGGCUUGUGAAUUCUUGCUUCAAAAUGGAGCCAACGUUAACCAGACCGACUGCAAAGGGAGAGGACCUUUGCAUCACGCCACCAUCUUAGGCCACACUGGGCUGGCUUGCCUCUUUCUCAAACGCGGUGCCAACAUGAGCGCAGUCGACGGGGAGGGCAAGGACCCGCUCAGCAUUGCCAUUGAUUCGGCCAACGCAGAUAUUGUGACGUUGCUGCGACUGGCCAAGAUGCGUGAAGCUGAGCUGGCCUUGGGCCAGUCCGGAGAUGAAACCUACCUGGACAUUUUCCAAGACUUCUCCUUCAUGGCCUCCAACAACCCGGAGAUGCUGGCCAGGCAGAGCAACGACCUGAAACUCACCACCUUGUGAAGCCCCAGAGAAGUCGUCCUCGGGA